UCAUUUUUUAGUUGAUAAUCCCAUAUAGCGAUAGCAAGAAGCAACUGGACUUUGACCCCAAAAUGGCGGAGUCACGAGGCUGCUGCUGCUGGUGCCUCUUGUGUUCUUCGCUCUCUUUGCUCCAGGUGGCGCUGUGACGCUUUGACGCUCCAGCAGUAAAUACUCAGAAGAAGAUUCACUUCGGCUCUUUUAAACUGAAACAGCAGCAUAGAUGAGCAGAAGAAAAUAAGUCUAUAACACGCAUCGAUACGAUGGAAGUAAAAGAGGAAUCUCUGGGCCUGAAUGAAGUAGAGGAGAGACAAGAAGAACCUCAUGAUGUUAUCACAGAAGAAAAAUCUCUUGAUUGUUUAGAAAUGUCAACUAAAAAAAGAGAAAUCAAACCUUCAGUCGGUUCCCAUCAGUGUGGACAUUUUUUUACAAGAAGUAAAGAGAAGCCUUUCACAUGCCCUCGUUGUGGAAGAAGUUUUGCACAUAAAUCAAACCUUAGGUCGCACACAAGGAUUCACACCAAAGAAAAGUCGUACACCUGCACGCAGUGUGAAAAGAGUUUCACACAGAAAAGACUGCUUCUGAGUCACAUAAGAAAUCACACUGGUGAGAGACCUUUCACGUGCCCUCAGUGUGGAAAGAGUUUUGCACGUAAAGAAAGCCUGAAGUGUCAUGUAAGGAUUCACACUGAAGAGAAACCUUACACCUGCCCUCAAUGUGGAAAGAGUUUCACACAGAAAAGACUGCUUGAGAGUCACAUCAGAAUUCACACAGGUGAAAGACCUUACACGUGCCCUCACUGUGAAAAGUGUUUCACAAGAGCAGCAAAUCUCGAAAUUCACCAGCGCACUCAUACUGAUGAAAAGCCUCAGAAAACUCAUGUGUGCUCCGAGUGUGGAGAAUCGUUUUUGAAAACAACAGCUUUGAGAGAGCACCAAAGAAUCCACACUGAAGGAAAACCAUACACUUGUUCAUAUUGUGGAAAGGGAUUCACUGUUUUAUGUAACUGGAAAAGUCAUGAGAGAAUCCAUACUGGAGAAAAACCAUUUGUGUGUUCACAUUGCGGAAAGAAGUUCUCUUAUUUAUGUAACUUGAAAGGUCACGAGAGAAUCCAUACUGGAGAGAAACCAUACACAUGUUCAUAUUGUGGAAAGAGAUUCACUCAUGCAUCUCAGUGGAUAAGACAUCAAACAAUCCAUACUGGAGAAAAACCAUACACAUGUUCACAUUGUGGAAAGAGAUUCUCUUAUUCAUGCGACUUUAAAAGACACGAGAGAGUCCAUACUGGAGAAAAACCAUACACGUGCUCAUAUUGUCCAAAGAGUUUCCCUGAUUUACGCUACUGUAAGAGACAUGAAAGAAGUCAUACUGGAGAGAAGCCACAUCAAUGUCCACUAUGUGGAAAGAGUUUCACUUCAUCAAGCGGUGUAAUAAGACAUAAAAAAUCAUGUUGUGGAAAGCAGUCACAAACCACCUCAGAUUCAUAAAGCAGUGCUCCAGAAAUAGUCAUUCUCAGUCAGCUUAGCACUGGUGCAGCUACAAAAAUGCCCAUAAAUAAAAUUCACACCUAUAGUUUCCGAGCAGUCAUUAAGCCUGUUAAGCAGCCACUUCGGCCCCCGAGAAACCUAGAAUAAUCAUAUUUAAUCUAUUGUUUAUAGCGGAUUUCCCGUUGUGUUUUUCGCUUCAUAAUACUCUGAUAUUCUGAAUAUUCUAAACCUCGAGGACAAAUACACACACGCAUUCUGUAGAUUGUCAUGUGAAAAAAAACAAUACCCAAUCGGAAAGCCAGCUGAUGAAAGACAAACCAUUUUUGGAUCAUUUCUUGAAGUAUUUACAAACCAUUUCGGUCAUUUAUGAACUACCCAAACCUCUUAAAAAUUAUCUUAUUUUUAUCUCAGUUUAAGCAUUUAGGAUAAGAACUCUGAUUGUCUGAGACAUUAAAGGGAUAGUUUGGCCAAAAAUUAUAUUAAACCCAUGAUUUACUCUCACCGAAGCCGUCCGAGAUGCAUAUGUCCAUCAUUUUUCAGACAAUGACAUUUUCAGUUAUUUUAGAAAAUGUUUUAGAUCUUUCAGUUAAUCAAAUGUGAAGUUAUGGGGUCCACGACCUUCAAGUCCAAAAAAUGUGCAUCCAUCCUUCACAAAAUAAAUCCAAACGGCUCCAGGAUGAUAAAUAAAGGUCUUCUGAGGGUAAUCCACGCGGUGCUGUUGUAGAAAUAUCCACAUUUAAAACUUUAUAAACCAAAAUAACUCGCAUCUGGUAAUGCCGCCAUCUUAGUUGCGUCCGCAUUCAAGAUCAGAGCUUUACGCAGCGUACGGAGGUUACUCUGCUGCUGCUCUGUGCCCCCGCCCUCCGAAUUUGUCAUACGUCACUAAGAAAAGUGCGUACACAUACGCUAAUACUCUCUCCUGAAUACAGAGGAGUCUAAGAUGGCGGCCCUACCGGAAUGUAGUUAUUUUCGUUAAUAAAGUUUUAAAUAAUAAUUUCCAUUACCGCCUAUAUUUUAUAUUUCAGCUUGCAUUAAAGGUACAAUUUGUAGAAUCUAGUAAAUGUAGGAGCCAUUUGUUUCUGUUUAUUUAAUCUAAUGUUAGUAUUAUAUUUAACUUUCAUUAAAUUGUAUAUCUUUAUUUCAAUGUAUUUAUAUUUAACUUAAUUAUUUGUGUUGAUUUGAGUUUGUGCUCAAGCUGUAGGUAAAACGUUACCAAGUCAGCUCUAAAGUUAACUCUUUUAACUUGCUAAAUAAUACAAUAUGUAAUGAGAAAAUGAUUAAAAUUUGUUAAAAAUGUUGUCUUGAAGAUUGAAAUAUUAAAAAGUAAAACUUCCCUCUAGAAAAAGCAAGCAUCGCUCGGUCUCAUCAGUCUAUGUAGUCUUUCUGCCUGAAAAUUUUUAAGUAUUACAAUCAUGGUUAUUUCAAAUCAUUGCAAUACUUUGUUCAUUUAGAUCUUUUAUAUUAUCACAUAGAUCAGAAAAUGUAUACUAAA